AUGUCUAUCGAGCAUACAAAAACCCCUAUUGCUCCAUCAAAUCAUUCGAAGACCACUAUGAAUGAGCAGGACGAGUUUCAUGACCCUGAGUCUGGAAAUCUCGAGUCUGAGAAGUCAAGCCCUAAAGGCCCGGAGCUGGGACCCCCACCUGAUGGAGGUGUCAAUGCAUGGACGUCUGUACUGGGAGCUUUCUGUGGUCUUUUUGUGAGCUUUGGCUGGAUCAACUGCAUCGGUGUCUUCCAAACCUAUUAUGAGAGUCACCAGUUGCAAGAUAUGUCUACCAGUACAGUGAGCUGGAUCACCUCACUGGAGACCUUCCUAAUGUUCUUUCCAAGCCCAAUCUUCGGAAUUCUGUUCGACAGCUAUGGCCCACGAUGGAUCCUGCUAGCCGGCACUUUCCUCCAUGUUUUUGGCCUCAUGAUGACCUCUCUCUCAACAGAGUACUACCAGUUCAUCCUCUCACAGGGAAUUUGCAGCCCUUUGGGUGCCAGUGCCAUCUUCAGCGCCUGUGUGAACUCCGUCAGCACCUGGUUUGGGAAGCGCCGCGGUGCAGCCCUAGGUAUCAUGACCGCAGGCUCGAGUCUCGGAGGAGUCAUAUUCCCAAUCAUGGUGUCACAUCUUAUCCCUGAGGUUGGCUUUCCAUGGGCCAUGCGCAUUUGUGCCUUUCUCAUUCUAGGCCUGCUGGUGAUUGCAAAUGCCACCAUAAAAUCAAGAUUGAUUCACCGGAAGAAGCCUUUCCACCCAAAGAUCUUCGCAAAGCCACUCACGGAUAUCAAAUUUAUCGUGACUGUAGUGGCCGCAUUUUUGUUUUUCUGGGGCAUGUUCUUGCCCUUCACCUUUGUGAUCACCCAGGCAGAGCGAUAUGGGAUGUCAUCCAAUUUGUCCCAGUACUUGAUCCCCAUUUUGAACGCAGCCAGUAUCUUCGGUCGUACAAUCCCCGGUAUACUAGCCGAUCGAUUUGGCCGCUUCAACAUGAUGAUCAUAUUCAGCUACUUUGCCGGCAUCCUAGUUCUCGCACUUUGGCUCCCAUCCCGCGGAAACGCCCCAGCAAUCGUGUUCAGUGGUCUAUACGGCUUUGCAUCCGGUGCCUUUGUCUCUCUACUCCCAGCUCUGAUUGCAGAGAUUUCGGACUUGCGCGAGGUUGGUAUCCGUAAUGGCACGGCCUUUGCAAUUAUCUCUUUCGCCGCUCUGACCGGGACCCCAAUUGGUGGUGCCUUGGUCCCUGAUGUUCUGCAUGGCUCUUAUACCCGGCUGCAGGUUUUCGGUGGUGUUGUUAUGGUGGCUGGAGCAACGGUAUUUGUUGUGGCCAGAAUCAUUGUGGGUGGUGCUAAACUGACCAUCAAAAUAUAA